CAGUGAUGAUGUCAUCGAGGACCAGCCAGCCCAUCCGCGACCCAUUUCUGAAUGGCACCGGAGAAUGAGGAUCUUAAGGAGGCUAUCUGGAUUCUCAAAUAGACUUCUGAAAGUGGAAAGCUGUAGCAUAACUGCAUCAGAAUCGUUGAUUCAACUAGCUUGGAUAUCACUGACACAGAAGCUUAGGAAACCACCUGGUGUUUUCUCGACCAUGCCAGAAACAGAAACAAAUGAGAGAGCCUCUGAAUUAUUUUUACCACCUACUCAUGUUCGAGGAAUGACAAAACUUGAUAGAACAUCUUUUAAAAAGACAGUCACCAUUCCAGUGCUUAAAGUGAGGAAAGAAAUAGUCAGUAGAUUGAUGCGAUCCCUUAAAAGGGCAGCGCUGCAGCGCCCGGGUAUAAAACGUGUGAUUGAAGAUCCAGAAGAUGAAGAAAGUAGACUAAUUAUGUUGGAUCCCUAUAAAAUAUUUAGUCAUGAUUCUUUUGAAAAGGCAGAACUCAGUACUUUAAAGCAGCUUAAUGUCAACCCACAGAUAUCUAAAUAUAAUUUGGAACUAACAUAUGAAAACUUUAAGUUAGAAGAAAUCUUGAAAGCUGUGCUUCCUGAAGGUCAAGAUGUGACUUCUGGUUUUAGCAGAGUUGGACAUAUUGCACACCUGAACCUUAGAGAUCAUCAGCUACCUUUCAAGCAUUUAAUUGGCCAAGUUAUGAUUGACAAAAAUCCAGGAAUCACCUCAGCAGUAAAUAAGAUCAAUAAUAUUGAUAAUACAUACCGAAAUUUCCAAAUGGAAGUACUAUGUGGAGAGGAGAACAUGAUGACCAAGGUUCGAGAAAACAACUACAUCUAUGAAUUUGAUUUUUCAAAAGUCUAUUGGAAUCCUCGUCUCUCUACAGAACACAGCCGGAUCACAGAACUUCUCAAACCUGGGGAUGUCCUAUUUGAUAUUUUUGCUGGGGUUGGCCCCUUUGCCAUUCCAGUAGCAAAGAAAAACUGCACUGUUUUUGCCAAUGAUCUCAAUCCUGAAUCCUAUAAAUGGCUGAUGCACAAUUGUAAAUUAAAUAAAGUGGACCAAAAGGUGAAAGUGUUCAAUUUGGAUGGGAAAGACUUCCUCCAAGGACCAGUUAGAGAAGAGUUAAUGCAGCAGCUGAGACCAUCAAAAGAAAGAAAACACUCUGUGCACAUUGUUAUGAACUUGCCAGCAAAGGCUAUAGAGUUUCUCAGUGCUUUCAAAUCGCUCUUAGAUGGGCAGCCAUGCAGCAGUGAGCUCCUUCCCAUAGUGCACUGUUACAGCUUUUCCAAAGAUGCUAAUCCUGCUGAGGAUGUUCGGCAACAAGUUGGAGCUGUGUUAGGUAUUUCCUUGGAGGCAUGCAGUUCAGUUCACCUAGUGAGAAAUGUGGCACCUAACAAGGAAAUGCUGUGCAUCACCUUUCAGAUUCCUGCUGCUGUACUCUACAGGCACCAAACCAUAAAUCUAGAGAAUCAUGAGGAUCUACCUCUUAAACGGCGGAGGACAGAUAAAGCCUUUUCAGAAGAAAAAACACAAAUUGCUUCAAAUACUUAACUGGAAAUGUUUUCCCCAUCUCCCCACCAGACAUUUAUGUAGUAAAACAUAAUUUGUAUGAUUUCAUAAAAUUUCAGCAUUCAAUUACUUUACUAUUGAACUCUUAUAUUUUGCCUGCUGUCUUAUAAAUUGAAGAAUACCAAAUUAAAAUUUAACUGAAAUAAGUCUA